GUGCUGAGGGGCCUGUACUCAGGAAGAGAAACAGGGAAUCCUCCACAGCACUAGAGAAACACCCCAACUCACCAAUGACAGCAAAGCAGAUACUGGAAGUCAUUCAGAAAGAAGGGUUAAAAGAAACAAGAAAUGGAACUUCUCCAUUAGCCUGUCUGAAUGCUAUGCUUCACACUAACACUCGAAUAGGGGAUGGAACAUUCUUCAAAAUUCCUGGAAAGUCAGGCCUCUAUGCUCUUAAAAAAGAGGAGCCAUCAAGCCCAGCGGAUGGCACGUUGGAUUUAGUCUGUGAGUCUGAAUUGGAUGGCGCAGAGAUGGCGGAGGCUAAUGCUGAGGGGGAGGAAAAUGGAGUUUGUGCAAAGCAGGUAACUGAUGAAGCAUCUUGCACUCGAGAUUCAAGCCUUCCUAACACAGCAGUGCAAAGCAAGUUAGUGUCUUCCUUUCAGCAACACACCAAAAAGGCUCUUAAACAGGCUUUGAGGCAGCAGCAGAAAAGAAGAAAUGGAGUCUCAAUGAUGGUAAACAAGACUGUUCCUCGUGUUGUUUUGACACCAUUAAAGGUGUCUGAUGAGCAGUCGGAUUCGCCUUCAGGAUCCGAAUCUAAAAAUGGUGAAGCAGACAGUUCAGAUAAAGAAAUGAAACAUGGGCAAAAAUCUCCCACUGGAAAACAAACAAGUCAGCACUUAAAACGAUUAAAAAAGUCUGGUUUAGGACACUUGAAAUGGACCAAAGCUGAGGACAUUGACAUAGAAACCCCAGGAUCUAUUCUUGUCAACACUAACUUGAGGGCAUUAAUAAAUAAACAUACAUUUGCUUCCUUACCUCAGCAUUUUCAACAAUACCUCCUGCUUUUGCUCCCAGAAGUGGAUAGACAGAUGGGAAGUGAUGGAAUUUUACGCCUCAGUACUUCAGCUCUAAAUAACGAAUUCUUUGCAUAUGCAGCACAAGGGUGGAAACAACGACUGGCAGAAGGAGAAUUUACCCCAGAAAUGCAAUUGCGGAUAAGACAAGAAAUUGAGAAAGAAAAGAAAACAGAACCUUGGAAAGAAAAAUUCUUUGAGAGGUUUUAUGGAGAAAAGUUGGGUAUGUCACGAGAGGAAUCUAUGAAGCUCACUUCCGGACCAAACAAAGACGGAGCUGAGGGUAGUUCCUCCUGUGGGACCUCUGGUCUCCCGGGUUCUUCUGCACAGGUCCCCUUGGAAGAACAACAGCCAAAAAGCAUAAAAAGCCCAGCAUCCCCAGAGCCCGAUUUCUGUACUACACUUUGUCCUAUGGUAGAGGUUCCAGCUAAAGAUAUAAUGGCAGAAUCAGAAUCAGAGGAUAUCUUGAUCCCUGAAGAAUCUGUGAUUCAAGAGGAAAUUGCAGAAGAGGUAGAGACUAGCAUCUGUGAAUGCCAGGAUGAAAACCAUAGGACAAUACAUGAAUUUUCUGAGCAGUCUGAAAGUCCAGCCACCUCUCACAAAGAGCCCCAAGUAGCACCUCCUGAAGAUCACUUAGAGUCGUGUGUUAUGAUGAAUGAUGUUUUAGAAAGUUUGCCUCAUAUUGAAAUUAAGGUAGAAGAGAAAUCAGAAAGUUCCCAGGAAGAAAUGUCAGUUGUUAUUGAUCAAGUAGAACUCUGUGACUCUCUCAUCCCUUCCACUUCAACUGUGACUCACGUCAGUGACACAGAACACAAGGAGCCAGAAACUGCAAUAGAGACCAAUUGUCCAGAAAUAAAAACAGGCUCACCUUCUCUAGAAGGCCAGUUUCCAAGUGAAGAAAUUGCUGUAGACAUGGAGCUGCAGAGUGAUCCCGAUGAACAGCUUUCUGAAAAUGCUUGUAUCUCUGAAACUUCCUUUUCUUCGGAGAGCCCAGAGGGAGCCUGUACCAGCCUGGCAUCUCCAGGAGGGGAAACCCAGUCCACGUCAGAAGAAUCAUGUACUCCCGCCUCCCUUGAGACAACCUUUUGCUCUGAAGUGUCCAGCACUGAAAAUAAUGACAAAUAUAAUCAGAGGAACCCCACUGAUGAAAACCUUCAUGCAUCUUUGAUAUCAGAAAUAUCUCCAAUAUCCACUUCACCUGAAAUAUCAGAAGCCUCUCUGAUGUCUAACUUACCAUUAACAUCUGAAGCAUCUCCAGUUUCCAACUUACCUUUAACAUCAGAAACAUCACCAAUGUCUGACUUACCUUUGGCAUCAGAAACGUCUUCUGUGUCUUCCAUGCUUCUCACCUCUGAUGCCACUUUUGUACCUAGUUUGCCGCUUCCUUCAGACACAUCUCCAAUUUCUAGUUCUUCCAUGAGUGAAAGAAUGGUGCAUCCACAAAGAAAGUCUCCUUCUGUAUCUGAAGAACCUCUCUCCCCACAGAAGAAUGAGUCUUCUACCCCUGCCAAACCCCUGGGAGAGAACCUUAUCUCCCAGCAGAAGACUUUAUCCAGUACUCCUGAACCCAUCAAAAUGAGUUCUUCUGUCACUGCCCCCGAAGCAUUUCCUGCUGAAGAAUUGCACAAUAAGACUCUGAGUCAGCAGCCUUGCAAAUCACAUGUCGAAACUGAAAAGCUCUACUCUGCCUCAAUUCCAGAACUUUCUUCUACAGAAAUGAUGAAAACUAAAAAUCAUAGUGUACUGCAAAGAACAGAAAAGAAAGGAGUGUCUUCACCAUUGCAAUUAUCUGUCUUUUCAGAAGAGACAGAGAGUAAGGUAAAUGAGCUUCCAUCAGCUAAACUACAGGACAAGCAGUAUGUUCCAUCAGUGGAUAAGGCUUCAAUUUCAGAAGGCUCUAGGAAUAAAACCCAUAAGCCAGGGAGCACACAGAAUCGGUUGGAGAUCUCGCAUACUUCCAAGUCAACAGAACCCUCCAAGUCACCUGAUGGGUUAAGAAAUGAAAGUAGAGAUUCAGAGAUAUCAAAGAGGAAAACUGCAGAGCAGCACAGCUUUGGAAUCUGUAAGGAAAAGAGAGCGAGAAUAGAAGAUGAUCUGUCAACCCGGAACGUAACCUCUAGCAGCCCACCUGAGAAAGAACAGCCUCCAAGAGAGGAACCGAGGGUUCCCCCUCUCAAGAUCCAGCUUUCCAAAAUUGGGCCACCUUUUAUUAUCAAGAGCCAGCCAGUCUCUAAACCAGAGUCUCGAGCGUCCACUAGCACAUCCGUCAGUGGGGGAAGGAACACAGGAGCCAGGACCCUGGCAGAUAUCAAGGCCCGUGCCCAACAAGCUCGGGCCCAGCGAGAGGCUGCUGCAGCUGCGGCGGUAGCUGCUGCAGCGAGCAUCGUCUCUGGAGCCAUGGGCAGCCCAGGAGAGAGUGGAAAGGCAAGAACCCUGGCACACAUCAAAGAGCAGACAAAAGCUAAGCUCUUUGCAAAGCAUCAAGCUCGAGCCCAUCUCUUCCAGACCUCUAAAGAAACCCGGUUGCCUCCACUCAGCUCGAAGGAAGGGCCUCCAAGCUUAGACAUCUCUUCUGCCCCUGAAACAAAAAUGGAAGGUUCAACUGGUGUCAUUAUUGUCAAUCCAAACUGCAGAUCUCCUAGCAACAAGUCUACACACCUCCGGGAGACCACCACUGUAUUACAACAGUCUCUUAACCCGACUAAGCUUCCAGAAACUGCCGCUGACUUAUCUGUGCAUAGUUCUGAUGAAAACAUACCUGUGUCACAUUUAUCUGAGAAAAUUGUUUCAUCUACCUCUUCUGAAAAUAGCAGUGUGCCCAUGCUUUUUAAUAAAAAUUCUGUCCCUGUGUCUGUUUGCAGCACUGCUAUGUCGGGAGCAAUUAAAGAACAUCCUUUUGUGAGUUCUGUUGAUCAAUCCUCUGUUCUCAUGUCUGUUGACAGUGCAAACACUACGAUUUCUGCUUGUAAUAUAAGCAUGUUAAAAACCAUCCAGGGAACUGACACUCCAUGCAUAGCCAUUAUACCAAAAUGUAUUGAAAGCACUCUUAUUCCGGCCACUACAGAGGGCUCUGGUGUAUCCAGCUCCAUGGAUGAUAAACAGUUGCUAAUCUCUAACAGCAGUGCUGGUAACUUAGUCUCCAGCCAGUACACCUCUGUGCCAACCCCCUCCAUUGGAAAUAAUUUGCCAAACCAUCUCUCCACUAGCUCUGUCUUGAUUCCCCCAACAGGAAUUAACAACAGGUUUCCUUCUGAGAAGAUAGCCAUGCCUGGGAGUGAAGAACAGGCCACUGUGCCUAUGGGCACCACUGUGAGAGCCACCCUCAGCUGCAGUGAUUCGGUAGCAGUCACAGACUCUGUGGUGGCACGCCCACCAGUCGCCAUGUUUACUGGAAACAUGCUAACAAUCAACUCUUAUGAUAGUCCUCCCAAGUUAAGUGCUGAAAGCUUGGAUAAAAAUUCAGGGCCUCGAAACAGGGCAGACAAUUCUGGGAAACCUCAGCCACCACCAGGGGGCUUUGCACCAGCAGCCAUAAACAGAUCCAUCCCGUGUAAAGUCAUUGUUGACCACAGCACAACGCUGACCUCUAGUUUGUCACUGACUGUCUCCAUUGAAAGUACAGAAGCCAGCUUGGACCUCCAGAGCAGGUCGGUGAGGACAGAGGCAUCCAUUCAGCCCAUGGCGUGUCCUCAAGUGUCUGUGAUUAGCAGGCCUGAGCCAGUUGCAAAUGAAGGUGUAGAUCACAGUUCUUGUUUUGUCGCUGCUUCUGCAGCAAAAGCAGACUCGAAAACAUUGCAGGUCACGUGCACAAGUCUUCGAGAAUUGCCCAUUGUUGCUCCAGAAAAAUUGAAUGAGGUGACUCCUCCUAGUCAUAGCUUUGCUGAGCAGGCACGUAGUGGUCCAGCAACUUUCAAAAGUGAAGCAGACACAACUUGUAGCAAUCAGUACAAGCCUGGUACCCGAAUUUGUUGGAACGAUGAUGGGAUGAGGAGCACCGGACAACCUCUGGUCAGUCAUGCAGGUUCCAGUAAACAGAAAGAAUAUAUGGAUCAGACUUGCCUGAAGACCAUCCAAACAGAGCACGCCAGCUAUGCGCAUGUGUCAGAACUUCACCCCAGGAAUCUCAUCACAAAUGUCACUCUUCCUGUGAAAUCGGAGCCUCACGAAGUGGACAAAGGCUUUAGGAUGGACACUGAAGACUUCUCUGGCCCUGAGCUGCCUCCUCCGGCUGCAGAGGUAGCCUCCAGUGUACAACAGACACCAAAUGUGAAAGCCCCCACCUCGAGUCCCAUGGAAGAGGCUAUUUCCUUGACUACAGACACCUUGAAAAGAGUUCCUAGUGCAGGGAGCUCCAGCUGCCGUCUGUCGUCCGUGGAGGCGAACAAUCCACUGGUGACACAGCUACUACAGGGCAACCUGCCUUUGGAAAAAGUGUUGCCACAGCCCAGAUUGGGAGCCAAGCUUGAAAUCAACCGACUUCCUUUGCCUCUUCACACUACCUCAGUGGGCAAAACAGCACCAGAGAGGAGCGUUGUGGAAAUGCCAUCCAGCUCUCCAAAUCCAGAUGGUAAGGGCUACUUGGCAGGGACCCUUGCCCCACUCCAAAUGAGAAAGCGAGAAAACCACCCCAAAAAGAGAGUAGCUAGGACUGUGGGGGAACAUGCUCAAGUUAAAUGUGAACCAGGGAAAUUGUUGGUGGACCCAGAUGUGAAGGGGGUGCCUUGUGUCAUCAAUUCCAGCAUGAAUCAGUUAGGGCACAGCCAGGCAUUUAAGCAAGAAUGGCUGAGCAAACACUCCAUGCAGAACAGAGUCGUUCACAGCCCCGAGGUCAAACAGCAAAAGCGGCUGCUCCCCGCGUGUAGCUUCCAGCAGAAUCUAUUUCAUGUUGACAAGAAUGGCGGCUUCCACCCCGACGCUGGUACCUCACACAGACAGCAGUUUUACCAAAUGCCUAUGUCUGCCAGGGGCCCCCUUCCAACCGCAGCUCUGUUGCAGGCCCCUUCCAAGGCCCCAGUGGGCUGUAAUGCAUUUGCCUUCAAUAGGCAUCUUGAACAAAAGGGAUUGGGAGACGUUAGUCUUUCUUCAGCACCUCACCAGCUAAGGUUAACCAACAUGUUAUCUCCCAGUAUGCCCAUAAAAGAGGGCGAUGACGUGGGAGGAACUGCACAUGCCAUGCCAAACAAAGCCCUGGUGCACCCCCCCCCCCCGCCCCCCCCACCCCCGCCCCCUCCCUUGGCUUUGCCCCCACCUCCGCCCCCACCACCUCCACUACCUCCACCUCUCCCUAAUGCAGAAGUCCCGUCCGAUCAGAAACAACCGCCAGUUACCAUGGAAACCACUAAGAGACUUAGUUGGCCACAGUCCACCGGCAUAUGUAGCAAUAUAAAAUCGGAACCUCUUUCUUUUGAGGAAGGUUUAAGCAGCAGCUGUGAACUGGGCAUGAAACAAGUUUCCUAUGACCAGAAUGAAAUGAAAGAACAGUUAAAAGCAUUUGCGCUAAAAAAUGCAGAUUUCUCUUCCUAUUUGCUUUCUGAGCCACAGAAGCCUUUUACCCAAUUAGCUGCUCAGAAAAUGCAGGUGCAGCAACAACAGCAGCUCUGUGGAAAUUAUCCAACAAUACACUUUGGUAGCACGAGCUUCAAAAGGGCAGCAUCUGCAAUUGAAAAGUCCAUUGGGAUUUUGGGAAGUGGCUCCAAUCCUGCCACGGGCCUGCCUGGUCAGAACGCUCAGAUGCCCGUUCAGAACUUCGCCGACAGCAGCAACACCGACGAAUUGGAACUGAAAUGCUCUUGCCGGCUGAAAGCCAUGAUUGUGUGCAAAGGCUGCGGGGCCUUCUGCCACGACGACUGCAUAGGUCCUUCAAAACUCUGUGUAGCUUGCCUGGUUGUGCGAUAAGAGCUGAGUGAAAGAUGCAGUAUCCCUUUUCAGCAUGGAAAAUCCGAACAGCAUCAGCAACCACAAAUUGAAAUAACACAGUUAGCUUUUAUCAUGCGUAUUUAUUUUACUUUGAAGCAGAUGAUCUCUUCUCUGUGGGAUUAGGAUUUUCUGGUGUUUCUGAUAAAGGGGAGGGUGCAUCCCAACUGAAUGGCUCGGCAGCAUGACUUUUACAUAUCUAGUUGCCAUUCCCAGCCUUGGGACAUUUGUGUCCAUGUGUAUAAAGGUCACCACUCCGUUUUAUUUUCCUUUUUAAUUUUUAACACCCAAUGUAGAUAGGAAAAGGACAUUUUCAAUGACUCAAAAGAACCAGAAAUGCAGAUGUAGAAAGACAAUGAUAAAAGUGAUCUUAGAUGGUCAUGCCUUUUCUGUAGAUGAAGCAUUUCAGCCAGGAUUUUUAUAGUUGACUUUUCUAGAUCUACCUUUACGACAGUGGUGAAAUCCUGUUUGGGAAGGGGAAUCUGAUUUCAAUAUGUGAUUCCUCGUAUUUACUCAUACAUGCAAGAUACGUUAAAGUAGGUAUGCCAUUUUUAAUAAAAUCCACUGCCCUUAUUAGUCUCUUUCCUCCCUCUCUACUGCUUCUCAGAGACUGUGGCAGAAUAUCUGACUCUGCCUUGGAUUUAGUACACAUUUCCUUGUGGAAUGUGUCCUCCACCUAAAAUGACAGCAUAGACCUCAUUCACCGUAAUCUGGUUCUAGGCCUUUGACCACCGAUAAUAUAAGAUCCAUUGGCCAACAGAGACCAUAGUUCUUAGAACAUUUGGAGCUUCAUGUAUGGCUUUUAAGAGCAAGUAUGAAAAAAGAAAAAAGCCCUGCAAUUGAAAACAAAUAAAAUGAUGUAUAUGCACACAUGAGUUGAUAGUGUAAAUACUAGUCCAUUCUGUUCACUCUAAUACAAUUGCUAGAUACUAAAACUGGGGAAGGGGGGGUAGUCAUAGCCCUUAUUGAUGACACCAGUUCUUUCUGAUCUCCAACGUUGAGAGCUUGGCCACCUCUUUUUAUAAAUGUCAUUGAUAAAAGGGACUACAGAAGGCUGAAGUGUUGACAUGUUUCUGAACAAUUUUUUCCCUCAUUAUUCACAAUCUAUAUACUUGUAUUUAGCUGACAUAGCUCUUAUUUUUUAAAAAAAAAUGUUCUAGGUAGUGCAUGUUUUAUUUUCCUGAGGUGAACUGAAUACAUUGUUCAUAUCUGGAGGAAUGGGACAGCUUUUGAAAAAGGGAUACUGCAUCUUACCAUGACGGUCAGUGUCUAUCCAGUAAGUCUGAGUGUUGUGUAUUUGAGCUACAUUCCAUAUACUUUGGCCACCCUGGUGCUGGAAAACAGCUGUAGUUCAGGAGGCUCUGUUCCCAAAAGCAAGUUCAAAAGCACAUGUACAUUGUGGGAAGAUGAAAGGAAGCAAAACCACGCCCAUUAAACUUCAGAUAAUAGAGCACAAAAUGCGGAGUGCCAUUAACCCAUUUCUUGAUUGUGGCUGUAGGAAAAAAAAAGAGGGAAUAAAAAUCAUCUAUAUCCAGGGUAAGAUUGAUAGAUAUUUCCACAUGGAAUUAUCCUAAUCAAUGUAAACUUUGUUUGACAUUCCCUUAAAUCAUGUCUUAAAAGUUAACUGGAAUGAGCAGAAAUUAAAUUCCUGGAGGGGGAAAAAAAAAAGAAAAACAGAACAAAAAACAUUUGUGAGUUUUUAAAAUAAUACUCAACUAUGAUACGUUUUUUUUCCUUCGUAUUUAUUAUUGUGAUGUUGACAAAUUUCUUUAGGUGAUGAGACAUUGUUUUUAUUAAUAUUGUUUUUAUUAACAAAUUGCCAAUAAUGAAAGGUACUUUAUUUUCAAAAGAAAAGCCUGCCUCUGUGGCUGUCAUUUGGUGCUUUGGUACUAUUACUUCUAUUUUUCAUAUGAAAAUUAGCUAAAUGAAUAACUGAGACAGUUAGCAAUGCACUUAACCAGCCCUUGCCAAGGAAUGCAGCAGCAAUUCCUGUGGCUCUUGAGCGAACUCUGCACUUGCCAGAUUGCAUUUGGGUGGCGUCCUUAUCCCUGGUGUCUUUAUAGUCUGCUUGGCUCCAAUACCAUCUUGAUUCUGAAGAUCAUGCUCUUAGUCUCACGAUGGGACACCCCUAGACAAUAAACACUUGCAUCCAAAUUUCUUCCAAAUUCAGUCACUGGUAUACCCGUGUCAGAUACUGUCUACACCAGCAGAUCAAAAACUACCACACCAGUAGCUGACACACGGUGUUGAAAGAAACUCCAGUCUACAACACCUUUGCACUCUGCAUGUGAGGUACAACUGAGCCGGGGUGAUACUGAGCUCAUUGUCCGUUCCAUCAUGGUUCAAUACUGCCUGCAAGUAGCUUAGUGGGAAUAAAGAAGUGUCCUUCUGUAUGUCUAGUUUUUUCACCUAACAUGUCUGAAGAAUCACUUGUUGAUAAUGCAUGGAUUCUAUCACCCUGGUCCAAAGAACAUACUUUUUCCAUGCCUUUGCUCUUUUUUUGCCCCCAACUCAAAUU